AUGGAAAUUCAGCAAGGUCUAAUGCUCAAUUUGAAAUGUCGUGUUCAGGGAGAACGAGAUCCAGACAUUCGAUGGUAUAAGGAUGGACAACCGAUCAAUCCAGAACGGCAUCCAAACGUGGAAAUCAGUUCUGGCGUAAAACGUUCCCAACUAAGGGUGAGAAAUGUGCAACUGAGUGACUCCGGCAAUUAUUCUUGUAUUGGAUCGAGCGAAAACGCCGAACUCAGCAGAUGGGUUUAUGUCACA